AAAAAAUGCUCUACUUCCUCUUCUAGAGAGUAGGUAGCACAUCAUAACAGCAAGACAGAGACCCUCCGCCUGUUGCAAUGGAAAUUGGUCAAUUUCUUGUGUUCUUCAUGAAAGUUCUGAUCUCCAGCACAGCAUCCGGACCUGGAAACCAUGUGUUCAUACAGACAGGGGGCUCUGUUGAACUGGAUAUAAAAAAUAAAACACUGCCAGAGUUUAAUAGUUUAGUCUGGAUGAAAGAUAUGUCAGACAAUAUAGUCAAAUUCAUAAGUCAGUCUGGAUAUAUAAGAGAGCACAGUUCAUAUAAGAACAGAGUGGAGUUCAAUACUGAAACCUUCUCUGUCACACUGAGGAACAUGAAGAAGACAGACAGUGGAAUCUACAUGGCAAAAACAAAAGGAGAUCAAGAAAUAUGUGUUGCUAAACACAACAUAUCAGUUAUAGAUCCAGUGGAUUUUCCUAUUCUGAAAGAGAACUUCACCAUGAUAAGUGUUAACGUCUGUAUCGUGAAUGUCUCAUGCAGUGGCCGUGAUCAUACAAUAAGCAACAGAUACUACAGCAACAACUGCACUCAGGAGAAAGUGACAUCAUUUGGAAUCCAGACUCUAGUCCUGUAUUGUAUAGAGAACAUAAUUGUUUGUAACUACAGCAACCCAGUCAGUUGGAAGAAUGACACAGUAGAGAUUCACCAACUUUGCACAAGUCAUGAACCAGAGAAUAUCAAAGAAAUCAACAGUUCCUUUCCUCUCCAUUGGCUCUUGGUCAUCGCUGGUGUAUCAGUGUUGGUUUUCACAGCAGUUUCUGUAAUAUGCUGCUCUUACAAGAAGUGUAAAAAGAGUGCUCAACAGAAUGAUCAGACAGUCUAUGCACAAGUUCAGCUGAGGAAUGACAUGCAAAGACCCUUGGAGAUGUUGGAGAAAUCAGCGAAUCCUCAAACUGUGUAUGGAUUUACAGGGGAAUACAAGCAAACUCACAAUAUCAGUCCGACAAUGCCUACUCCUCAGAUACGGAAACAAGUGCAAAAGGAAAAUCACCCCAGCACCACCUACAGUACAAUAGGACAAAACCAAAAACCUUCAUUUGCCUCUGAAACAGAUCAUACAAUUUAUUCAGCAGUGUGUAAAUCCAUGCAGGGCAGACAACCUGUGCAUAAAUAGCAGAGGUUAAAUGUGUUAAAUUGUGUAUUCGAUAGAUAUCUUAACAUAUUUUUUAGGAUAUUUUAAAGGGAUCAUAUGACUUGCUAAAAAGAACAUUAUUUUGUGUAUUUGGUGAAAUUAAAUGUGAUUAUGCGGUUUAAGGUUAAAAAAAACAAAAAACAAAUAUUACUUACCACAUACUGUACAUUAUUGUUUCUCUUUUAUGCCCGGCCUUUCUGAAAUGUGUAGACUUUUACAAGGCUCCUCAUUCUGAAAAUCAAGGUAUGCUCUGAUUAGCCAGCUAUCCAGUGCAUUGUGAUUUACCAUAUGCCUCAAGCAUGUGACAGAAAUGUUGUGCCCUUUGCUAUACUGUGAUGCCACGUGUCCUGGCUCGAUGAGACAAAACCAAUAAAGCCCAUUAUAAAACAGGCAUUUGUUGCAUCCAGUGGUGGCAUAAUUACUGAUUAUAAUGAUUUAUAUUCAAGUUUAUUUGUAUAGACCCUUUAUACGAUACAAAGCAUUGCAUGGCAACAAGAAAAUUAAGUUUCUACAAUUUAUUCUGUUCUUUUACACUUUGCCUUGCAUAUGGCACCAUGUAAACAUAUAAACAUGUCUGCAUUUUUGAUCUAAGAAAUGACAAACAACAACUUCUUUCUUUGUGUGAACAUUUCUGAAAUGUGUCGAUUUUUACAA